CGACAGUCCACUGGCUGCUUAUGGUAGCGAAAUCCAAUAUAUCAAUAUGCGAACCAGCUGGAUACUUCAAAGUAGGACAUUUUAUGCUCGUUUUUGCUCAGAAGUCAUCUCUUCGAACGACACGUAGCUGAAAUAGAGUAUGGUACGCUUGAGUAACCUAGUCAAUGAGACCUUGAAUAGACCUAGAUUUAGCUAACCGUACCUGACCUCACCAUACCUAACAGCGGUGAUUUAGACAAGGAAUCUUGCAUUACUUACACUCUAGGCAAUAUACAAUAUUGAUCCAUAAUGAACUCAACUCAAGGCAACAGAAUUUUCAUGGCGUCUAUAUAAUCUGCGUGUAAACCCAUAUCCUCAAGUUUUAGCUGUCAUGAUUACCCUCAUUCGUUCGGCGAUAUUUGCCGCACCCUUUCUUGUCUUAGAAGGCGCAUGUCAACGUCCUACGUCGACGACGACCACUGUAAUCCCUUGGACCGGGACAUAUACCGCUUCAACCACCUUUACGCCCUGUACCGGCCCUGCUACCGUUUUCAUCGAAACCCCUAUAGACACCACGACGUGCCCGCCAGCUCCCACUCCAACCCGGCCAGCCCCUUGCGAAACUUACCCAGAUUGUGUUGCCAGUGGACUUAACAUCGAGUACUACGCGAAUCCUGUUGGUGGUUUCGGAACUGGCAACACGCCCCCGUCUUUCUAUAUCACAGAAGGUCUUUCACCAUUAGACUCUUCUCUGACAAAUGUCACAUUCUUCCCUCAAGACAUGCCCCCUGAUGAUAGAAACGGUUGGACACGCGAGACUAACGGCGGCAUCAUCGUGAACGCGAACAACUUCGCCUUAGUCUAUUACGGCUUCUACCGUGCACCAAGAACGGGUGUGUUCACAAUCUGUACCUCUUCAGAUAAUGAGAAUGAUGUGUUCUUCGGGCGAGGAAGCGCUUUCAGCUGCGACAACGGAAAACCAUCACCAGAUGCCAAGCCGCUCCAGGUCAGCAGAGGCGGCUCCUAUGUCAACCCCAUUACAUGCACCGAUGUGUAUCUCGUUGGAGGACGGUACUAUCCAGUCAGAAACGUCAUGGGCAACUACGGGGGCCCCUCUGCCUUUAACUUUACAAUUUGGGAGCCUGAAGUUCCCUUCGAAGACAGGAAGAAUGAUUUCACGGGCAACGUGUAUCCUCUCUCGUGUGGAUGGCUAUCCAACGCUAGGAGCAAAAACAUUACGAAAGCAUAGAUGUUAAUGUUGUAAUCACAAUAUAGAGAGUUAUAUAUGUACGAGGCCUUACGAGAAUCCCUCAAACAAGCAUGUUAAAUUAGUAUAAGAGUUGGUAGUAGUAGUGAGUGGUAUGUCAAUCAAAAGUUGUUUGAAAGG